AUGACAAGCGCGUCUCGAACGGCUCAAACCGUCGCGGAAUCGUACGAAGAAGCCGUCUUUAGACGAUUUGGCGCCAGCGAAGCAAUUCGUCACGACCGCGAGCCCGGCUUCAUGUCAGACUUUUUCAGGGCCUUUAACAAGCUGAUGGGCCAGCGGCAACGUGCGACGCUCGCGUACCGUCCGCAAACGAACGGGGCGGCAGACCGCAUGGUGCAGACUAUUACGAGGACCAUCAAGAUGUACAUUGCCGACAUUGAUCAACGUGACUGGGACCAAUACGCUGAACGACUGACGUAUGCGCUUAACACGGCUCACGCCCGAACGCGGAGCGAAACCCCAUUUUUUCUCGAGCACGGCUGGGAUCCACGGUCCACGUUAGAAGCGACGUUAGCCGUGGGGAACACUUCGCAUCGGGACGCAGAGGCUCGCCGGUGGAGGAUGCGUAUUCAACGCCACUACCAGAUAGCAUGCACACAAUCCCUGGAACUGGUCCGCGAGGCAGUGGACGCGAGAGCGGCGCGCCAAAACGCGCACGCCACGGAGCACGCGAUAGAACGGGGCUCACGCGUCUGGCUAUAUCCGGAUCCAGUCAAGCCGGAAUACGCGCGGAACCUCGCGCAUAUGUGGCACGGGCCGUUCCGCGUCGCGGAACUGGUUAGCGCGUACGCUGUACGUCUAGAGACUCACGGGACCCCGUACCAGUUGUUCCCGAUCAUACACGUCUCCAAACUGAAACCCGUCCGAGAAUUCCCGUCACGGCCUGAACUGCAGUUGACAGUGCCCGUAAAUGAACGCUUUGACUUCGACGAGGAGCUCCUCCCGGAAGAUAGCUGGGAGGCGCGCGAUGUGGGCGUGGGCGUGUACGAGGUGGAACAGAUCUUAGAUGUGCGCGAAGGACGAACGACCGGCUACGGGCGUACGCGCCGCGAGUUCCACUUGAGGUGGCGUGGAUAUGACGAGACGAGCUGG